AAAAGUCGAAAAACUUUCUUUUACAAUUAGUUUUGUUUGUAAACUGCAAAGUAUAUUUAGGAAUAUUGGAUUUAAAAUUAUUAGCAACUUUACUGUUUCUGUUUGUAAAAUUACAUAUUUAAAACAUGGCAGCUACAGCUAACCCUAAUAAGACUGUCAUGGAGUGGUGCAAAGUGUUCCACGCUCAGGGAACAGAAAACUACACCAGUUCUGUUACCUUCAUGAAGCAACUCUCAGUUAUAGCUAUAAGCACCAUAACUUACUUGAAGAACUUGGUGCCUGACGACUGCUACACCGUAGAGAACUUUGCCGGGCAUAGGCUGAGGAUAUUGAAGGCGCAAUGUGAGGACGAAAUGGCUCAAUUCUUGAGCUCGGCCCUGACGCAUGCUUUCGACGCUUUGGAGAAAAAAUACCUUCACAAACUAGCGCUAUGCUUCUACGAGGACGAGUGCAAGUUGGAAAACCUGAUGGAGUACCACAUCUUCGAGUACCAGUACACGGCCGGGGGGGUCAGCAUGAACGUGCACUCCAAGACGCAAAACAAUCAGAAGCAGAGUGUGAAGUGUACAUUCGAGGACAUCAAGACGCAGACCAUGUUCCUGAUCCGCGCCUGCAUCGUGAUGCUGGAGUCCAGCCAGCGCGCGCUGCCGCCCAGAGCGGACAUCAGUCUGAGGCUUUAUUAUAAUGAUGACGCGCCAGAAGGCUACCAAGCGCCCGGCUACCGCUGCGACGAGUCCUCUGACCACUUGGAACCCACCGCCGCUCGCGCCAUCAAGCUGGGCUGCGUACAGACUCCCUUCCACAAGCUCGUCGCACGCACUUACACUAGGGACGAGAUGGAUAUAGACGCUGUACCUACACCAAAUCCUCCGAUGACGACCAUCACACAGCGCGACUUUAGUGGUGAACUAGCAGGUUCCUUACAGAAGAGCGUCUCAGAUGCAUCAGAGUUGCAGCUGAACUGUCCGUGCAACAAGUAUGAAGAUAUUGGAGCCUAUCAAGCACCCUUGUUGAUUACUUGCCAACACUGUAACACGCUACAACACGCAGCCUGCUUCGGCCUCCUGCCGGCACAAGUAGCGCGCCUCUCACACCACGCGUGCGUGCGCUGCGGCCGCGAGCGACGCCCCACGGACCCGCGCCUCGCCGCCCUCCGCCCGCGCCAGAGAGAGUGCCUCUGCAUCUUCCGCCGCACCCUGGCUUGGUGCCUGGAAGAACGCACAAUGGACGGCGCGAGGCUGGUCGAUCGCUUCAGGCUCUCCAACGUGAAUGCGGCCAAGCUGAUGCGGCUGCUCAACGAAUAUGAGAUCGUGCAGUUUGACGGGGACUCUGACCUCGUCACCCCAAGGAAGAUCAACCAUGACAUGCUGCAGCUACAAAUCAGCAAAUACUUCCAAACCGACGAAAGCAACGUCGGCGACCAACUCUUAGCCGAGACCCUCGCAUCACAGGAAAGCCAGCCAGACCCAGUAGGAGACGCCCUUAGCCCCGUGGAAAGAACAUCCUUAGAAAAUAGCACCAACCUUUACAGAGUCAUAGAUACCGCUAAAGUUGAAAUUAUUCCUAUGGAUGCAGAAGAUCCGAUGUUACAGCAGUAUAGGCAGGCGAUACUGUCAGAGGUUGCGGAUGGUAAUGAGAAGAGAGGUGGUAAGAGGAAGAUGAAUGCGGUGGACGAUGAUUUGGUUGAGGAAAGACAGUUGAGGUCUGGCGGGCGGUCGCGCGCAGCCACCGUGGUCAAACGACGCAAAGUUAAGGAUUAAAAUGCUGUUUUUUGAGGGUUUUAUGGGUUUAUUGUUACACGUUGAUGUUUUUUACGGUACUUUGAAGGUACUUUUGUUGUUUUGUUAUUUAUAAGCAUAAUUUAUUGCACGUUUUCACGAAGAACUGUGUACAUACUUUACCUAAUAUUUUCAAUACUCAUGUAUUUUUUUAUUUGCUACUACCCUAGUAGCUACGUAGUACUUGUGAUUGAUUUAACGUGCCUAUAAUUAACUUCUGAUGCCUAUUGAGUGACCAAUUUAUAAUUACAGUUAAGUAUUUACUUUAUGUGGUACAUAGGCUAGUCAAUAUAAGUAUUAAUAAAAUGAUUUCUAAUGA